AAAUAAACACUUGAACUUAUUUGCAUUCCAAACUUCUCCUUUCUUAGCAUAUACGAAGAAAGAGCACGUACUUCUAUUGAAAAUUGAAAAUUUGUAUUAUAUCAUUAACGUAUAUUAUUUAAUAUUAUUUUUUAUCCCAUGUAUCAGAAAAUUAAAAAAGCUUGAAACCGUAAAUGUUUAAAUGGCUAGUGUCAUUGUGAUCAAAUAAACAUUUGAUCACAAUGCGUAUAAUGAAUAUACGUCAUUAUAUGGUCAAGUAGACGAAAGUGAUAGCGAUAAGUUGUCAGGGUAACCGAAAAAAAGUAAUAGUGAUAGAUUGUUUUCUUUUAAUUACAGAGAUUGGGGACUUGGAUUCAAUCAUAAAGAAGCCUAAAUAAUAGAAGCGAGCGUGCAAUGAAAACAAUAAGCCGAACAGCAUUUAACGUUGAAAGAAUAUCAGGACAGGACAUAUAAUUACAUAUAUAUAUAAAAUAAAUCUGUUACACUGUCAUGGCAACGGCAGUACCUCCAACAGGAUCUUCUCACCACGCAUUGAUCGCAAACAAUGAAUAUCAAAUUAAAUUGGUCACGCUUCUCAACGAAUGUUGUGACCACUUACGUGAAAUUUUUCAUGACCCAGCCCGUGGUAAUAUGCCAAGGGAUAAGAAACAAUUAUAUCUGUCAUUAAAAAAAUAUUCGAAAGAUUUAAACCAUCUGAAAAGAGAUCAGCUGGAAAUCGUUUUUCCACAAGAUAAGGAAACAGAUUCGGGAUUGUUUGACAUCACUAUUUUAUGUGACGUUCUAAUUAAUUGUUGUAACGGUAUACAAGCACCAAUCGGUGGGUGGAGGACCAGAAAACCGCAACCGAAUGAUUUCAGUGUCGGUGCGGAGAUCAUUCGAAUCAGAAAUGAGCGGAAUAUUGUUAUGCAUGGAAGAGCAAUGACUUCAGCACAAUAUAAUCGGUUAUGGAACGCCAUAGAAGGUAUAUUAAGAAGACUCGGAUAUGACAUAACGAAAAUUAGAGAUUUGAAGUCUGGUUGUUUAAAAGACUUGGACUUAUUUAAGAUUGAAAUUAUGAAAGCAGUUACUGAAAUUUUAAAUUUCAAUGUUAACAAAAACCAAGACAAUAUAAAACAAAAUCAAGGUGACAUUAAAGCAAAUAAAGACAGUAUUCAGCAAAACGAAGAUGGUAUUACACAAAAUCAAGGUGACAUUAAAGCAAAUAAAGACAAUAUUCAGCAAAACGAAGAUGGUAUUACACAAAAUCAAGAUGACAUCAAAGCAAAUAAAGAUAAUAUUCAGCAAAACGAAGAUGGUAUUAAACAAAAUCAAGAUGACAUCAAAGCAAAUGAAGACAAUAUUCAGCAAAACAAAGGUGGUAUUAAACAAAAUCAAGGUGACAUCAAAGCAAAUAAAGACAAUAUUCAGCGAAACGAAGAUGGUAUUACACAAAAUCAAGAUGGCAUCAAAGCAAAUGAAGACAAUAUUCAGCAAAACAAAGGUGGUAUUACACAAAAUCAAGAUGACAUCAAAGCAAAUAAAGACAGUAUUCAGCAAAACGAAGAUGGUAUUAAAGAGAAUAAAGAGAAUUAUAAUCGAUUAGCAGCCGAAGUGGAAAUAGUAAAGCAAACUAUUUCUUCAUCAUCAUGUGAUCAGAAGAGUUCUCAGUUGAAAGAAACUAUAAAAGAACAACCCAGUUAUAUGCUACUAAAAAAUUUUCAAGGAGAUUUUGUAAUAAAAUUUGAUGAUGACUGCUUCAACUGGUCUGCACAAAGUAUACAAACUAUUAUUACUAAAAAUUUUACAAGACAAUCAAAAGAACUUAAUUUCGGCGACGAUUAUUUUGUAGAAGAAAAAGAAGGAAAACUAUUACUGCUUAUUUACAAUCACAAAUCUAUCAAUGCUGAAUCUAUCAAUGGGUUAUCCAUUACGUUAGUUGACAGUGAAAGUAAAACUCAUUUGAUUUCAAUUGAAGAUAUUAAAUUGGUUCAAGCGCAUAUGUGUGAAACCAGCCAUUUUGAUGUAACAACGCACAACAGUAGAAGAAUAUCUGAACAGAUAAAAUGCAUUGUAGGAGCAGAAAGAGAAGAAGCAGAUAUUGAAUUUAUAUGUGGUGGUAGCCUGCAAACAAUGGAACCUAAGGAGUACGAAGCAUUUGAAAGAGAUUACAUCCAGCGUUAUUUCACCGUCAAUGGUAAAUGCAUGGAAGAACCACUCCAAUUUCCACCUCCAAUGCAAAACGUCACACAUUCCUUAUUCGCACAAAAGAUAAAGGAUGUUAUAAUCAAAUUACAACAUUUGUUUACAAUAUUUACGCAUUAUAACACGAAGGAACAUAUUCGAUUUCUAAAACUGGAUAAAGAAUUUUCUUUGAGUUUGGAAAGCACAAUUACUGAUAACAAAAGAAUUCUACUUGUGUUGCCAAAUUAUAUCGUCAACAUUAGAUACACAGAAACAACCGACGCAGUUAGAAUACAAGAUGAAGUCAAAGCGGGCGAAGAGGACUUGAAGGAGCUAUCUAUCAUCACUAAAAAAUAUCUUAAAAAUGGUCACCUGAAAAUGGUUAAUGUUGUAGCUGCACCACAUUUCAAAGAUAUCGAAAAUAUCCACCUUUGUGUAGACUGCAACCUACUCUCCAAGAAAACUUUGGCUGAGGAUAGAAAUAUGAUGAAGUUCUUUUCAAAUAUUUUGCAAAGCUCACAAGCACAAAAUAAAGUUCAGGAUAACAAGGAACGGUAUAUCAACAUAGCCGGUAAAGUCAUGUGUUUUAUGGCUACAAGAAAAGCACUCUAUUCUGUUCCUUCACUCAGUAAAAACGUCCACGAACAAAUAAGCUCGUUAAUACUUUCUCCACAGCAACUCCGUCAUUUAUACAACAACUCUUUAAAAAAAAUUAUAAUCGGUCCCUUAGGCAGUGGUAAGACAGUGCUAGCUUUAGCACAUUUGGAAAUUGCUUACGAGCGCUCUGAGAAUAGAUCGAUCAUAUACUACGUAGUUUGGGACGGCAACACAUUGCUGAAACGGGAUAUUGUCAAUCAUACUAAAAGAUUUAAUUACAAAGCCGCUGUCGAAGUUGUUGUAAAGGAUAAUGUCGAGUUAGCUCAGGAUUUGAAAAUGAAUGAAGUGCCAACACCAUACCAGUUAAUAGAGUCAUUGGUUAAGAAACAUGUUGACCAAAACCUGCAUCUAAUAAUUGAUGAAUUAAAUGGAGAGUUAUUGAACAAGGAAGAAUCAUCUUUGCUUAAACACUAUCUGGAGACUGAAGGAAAAUUAAAUAACUCCUUCAUCAUUUUUUUCCCACAAUCCAUUGAGAAACAUAGAACAUUAAUUUCACACCAAAAAGUCACAAUACAUGACAAGUACAAGUAUGAAGAAACAGGAAUGAAAGUAUUAAAACUUAACAGAGCAAUGAGAACAACCCGGAUAAUCUUUCAGUUUUUAAAGGCUUUUGAAAAUGAAGUAGAACAAGACAAGGUAACAAUUAAGCUUCCCGAUCAGGAAUCAAAAGAUGCAAUAUCCACCAAAACAAAAAUCGAAAAAAAAAAGAAUCUCCUUUCCAAAUUUUGGCAACAACUAAAACAACCACAACAACAACGGCGACAACAGCAGCAGCAGCCGCAGCAACCACCACCACCACCACAACAACAAGAACAAGGACAAACUACCAGUAGCAAUGCCACGCCGAUAAUAAAAGGAGAAGAAGAAGUAUUUAAAACACCGGUUGAUAUUGAUGUCGUUGCAGCUUCAAUACAAGAUGGGGAUCUUUCGGGUAAUGUUAGAAUUGAUACUUCAUUAAAAUUCAAUACAGCGUAUUCAAUCGGUCAUAAUAUCGAAGGAACAAAACCGUUAUUGAUACAUCCGGCAAAUACUCCAACAACAGACAAAGAGCUUAUACCAAUGUUAGCGCUUGUUUUACAAGAUGUAUGUUUACAUCAUGCCACUAAACGUUUGUUCAUAUAUAACACAUUCCCUCAAAAGGAUAUUUUUUACAGAUUACUAAAACUGUUAAAAAUUGAUUUUCUUCACUACGACAAGUACACUGACUGGAAAGUUUUAAAUUGUGAUGAUAUCAUAGUUAAAAAUCCCUUGCAGAGUCAAAAUUAUAACCUGCUCACUACUAUUGAGGGAAGUCGUGGAGUUGAAGCAGCCGAAUGCAUCUGUAUAAUUAAAAGCAAUGAUUGCAAGUUAAAACAUUUGACGUUAGAAGCAAUGUCCAGAGCGACACAAAAUCUGGUCCUUGUUUCAGCGUCCAACGUCUACCAAUCGGAUACAGUAAAAUCAUCAACUGGUCAUAUCAUCAGUAAACUGUUAACUGAACAUUUGGUUGAAUACAAUGUAGAAGUCUCAAACGAUGAAGAUACAGAAAUACCGUUCACAAAGUCUAUGAAAAGUAACAAUAAAAUAGUUUUUAACAUAAAACCACAAUAUUGGAAAUUCAAAAAAAUGAUAAAAGAUUUGGAACAUGUUGGUUUUCAGGCAACGGAUGAACGCCUAAAUGCGCAUGAGAUCGUUAGGAAAAACCUUUAUCCUCCUGGAAAAGUGAGCAAUAUAAUUUGCUCAUAUUUUUCAAGUACAUCAUGUAUAUUGAGAUGGCAACAGGACGCUGAUAAGUACACCGUUAGUAGACAAGAAAGUAAUAGUUUAACCUGGAAUAACUUAGCAAAUGACAUUUCUUGCAAUCAAUACAUCGUUGAUGACAUGGAAAUUGGUAAAUCGUGCAAGUUUUGUGUAGUUGCUAAAAAUCAUCUUGGUGUAUCUGAUGACAGCAUUGUGUCUUAUCGUCACAAACUUCCAAACGUUAAGGGUGUCAGAUUUAAAGAUUUCGUAGAAAUUAUUAAAUCUAACGAUAUCAACAAAUUGAAAAAAUUACUAUCCAUUCAUCCAAACAUCGUUCACAUGAGAGGUGCAAAUGAAAACACACCAUUGUUGUGGACAGUAUUGAACACCAACAAUACAUCAAUGGUGGAAAUUCUCAUCUCAUAUGGGAGUGAUGUUUGGGCGGAAGAUAUAUUGAAACGAAACAGUUAUCAUUGGGCUGCAUAUUAUGAUCGUCACACAAUAUUAGAUAUGUUGUGUCAACAUGAUGUAACAAACAUCAACCGUGUAGAUGUUUACAACCGCACACCAUUACAUUGGGCUGCAAAGUAUAGUCACAUCUCAUGUGUUGAUGUUUUGUUACGUUAUGAAAAUAUUGAUGUGACGAUCGAAGAUAUACAUGGAAGAACAGCUUAUGAUGAUGCUGCAAGAUGGAAUGAACAAAACCGGGAAAUAAUAAGACGAAAAAUAAAAGAUUACGAAGACAUGACGAAGUGAAUAUUUCAAAUGAUUUUGUUUUGAAAAACAACAAUCAGUUUGUGAGAUGAGGAACGAGUUAUUUUUUAGUUUUAUUUUAUAUUGUAAUAAAUUUAUUUGUAGUAAAACGUACUGAAAAUUUUUCUGUUCGAUUUUUAUCAAGCCUGGUUUCGUUUAUAUUUCAUUCAGGAAGCGACACAUGUCAAAGGUCACGUGUUUUUUUAACUGUCUGAAACUUGCCGCAUGGUGCAAUGUAAAUCUUAUUACAAACAUCAACUGAUAUACUUUCUCAACCUCGUCCCCAAGUCUUGUUAGGCCUUUUAUUUUUGAAGGCCUGAACAAGGCCCUGGCCCUGGCUGGUCACGUGACGACAGAAUACCCACGUAUAGUGGGUAUUUUGAAAAUAAUUAUUUGUCUCGCUCUUCCAAAA